AUGUCCAACUCCAGUACUUCGAGCUGCCCGACGAACCUCGUUCCCGUCGACCUACCCAUCCCGCACAACCUUACCUACGCCGUCAUCCCUGGCACCAACGCGUCCGACCCGUGGAUGGUCGAUUGCUGCCACCCUAGUCCCGUGCACGUUGUAAAUACUUGCUGGGAAUGGUGCCAGCUCAACGGCACGAACGAGGAUGAUGUCUCAUCGGAUUUCAACGCUUGUAUGAUUACCAGCAAGCGCAACCUUUCCCAAUCCAACGGAGUGCUCAUCCACAUGUCCGGCACAACGUCAAACUCAAACAACCGUGCCACGUUUGCAGGAAUGGCGCUGGUAGCGCUCACAGCUUCAGUUGUGUUGUUUUGA